AUGGUAUUUGCUUCUACCAUCCGAAAAUGCAACCACGAUCUGGAUUUGUUAUUUAAACGAUCGUGGGCUCUAUUUUGGCAUAAAUAUUCAACCAAUGAUGAUCCUUGCUAUGAUUCUGGCAGCAUCGAUUGGUGUAGUUAUUUAAAAGCUGCUCGUGAUGGAACACCAUAUGACCAUAAACCACAUGCUUUACCUCGUCCUGUUCUUGAUGCAAUCAAACCAGUUUUUGACAAUCUCUGUUCUUGGAAAAGUCUUGCAAGUGUGAUCGACGCGUCAAGUCAGAAUCCAAACGAAGGUUUUCUUUCGUUUGUCUGGCUUAUGUCACCAAAACACAAGGCAACAUCUGGGACAACAUUUCAAAUUGCUUGUCAUCUUGCAAUAAUAAUAUUUAAUGAUGAAUAUUUUGCAUUAGGCAAGACCAAAGGGGAAACAGCUGACUUCAAGACUUCAAAAGAUUUCACGAGACUUCAAGCACAGAGAUUUCAAAUUCUUCAAAGACUUCAGAAGAUUUUAAAAGACUUCAAAGAACUUCAAAAGAUUUUUGAGACUUCAGAAGACUUUAAAAGACUUUCAAGACUUCAUGGGAUUUCACGACCGAAGUCUCUGCUGUUUCCCCCUUGA